UUUAAACUUCUACGAGACCAUUUAGGUGUAUUCGGACGAAAACACCCCUGUGUCACCUGCAGCCUCUUCGCCAGAGACCGACAGGAGCAAUCUCCUUCUCCGUCUCUCGGUUGGGUUUUUGGUGAAGGUUAAUAGGAUUGUAAAAACAUGUUUAAGAACACUUUCCAAUCUGGGUUUCUCUCCAUCCUCUACAGCCUUGGGAGCAAGCCCUUGCAGAUUUGGGAUAAAGAAGUUGCCAAUGGCCACGUAAAACGUCCACAGGAUGAGGACAUACAGUCAAAUGUGCUCGAAAUAGUUGGGUCAAAUAUUCAGUCUACGUACAUCACUUGUCCUGCUGACCCAGCUGCAACACUCGGUAUAAAACUACCAUUCCUGGUUAUGAUAGUAAAGAAUCUGAAGAAGUAUUUUACGUUUGAGAUUCAAGUGCUGGAUGAUAAGAAUGUCAGACGGCGUUUUCGAUCUUCUAACUUUCAAGCUGUGACCCGUGUGAAGCCGUAUAUCUGCACGAUGCCACUGAAGAUGGACGAGGGCUGGAACCAAAUACAGUUUAAUCUGGCUGAUUUCACCCGGAGAGCCUAUGGAACGAACUAUGUCGAGACGUUGCGAGUUCAAGUUCAUGCAAACUGCCGCCUGAGGCGUAUAUAUUUUUCUGACCGCCUGUAUUCUGAGGAGGAACUCCCCCCAGAAUUCAAGUUGUACCUUCCAAUGCAGAAGGCAUGAUGUGACUACGAGCGACCAACGGGGUGAGAGUUUCGAUACCUGGAGCUGGGGCUAAGCAGUCUAAUCUGUAAAGAAAACAUCUCUUAGUAUCAGUUUUCUUGGAGCUUCUUUAAUUGUUAUGAAGUUCUGGAAAAUCCCAACUUGAUAAGUAACACUACAUCCGGACGUGUUUGGGAUAUUGGAUAUGGCAUGACUGAACAUCAUUUUGCAUGUGAUGUGCUGUUUGAAGUUUUCCAGUUUUAUUAUUACAGAGUUCGUCGAUUUCCCAGCAGCGACGAAUCGAUACGGUUUCCUGAUCAUUGAUCAUAGUUUUAGAUUUUCAGUCAACAUGGCGCUUUCUCAGAUCAUAGUUUUUGAUUCUAUGCUCGUUUGUAUGGUAUUAAUUGGUUAUUCUGUGAGGCAAUGAAUUUAAAGAGAGUCCAAAA